CGCAAAUAUCCUGUAUGAUUAAUGUAUAAAUUUUCAUUCUUCUUGACUGCUAUUCUUCUUUUCUUGUUAGCAUUUUAUGUCUUUCAGAAGAAAACAAUGCCUAACAAUUGACAACAUGUGUACAGGAAGUUCUCUUUGGGAGAUUGAUACCCUCCGUCACCACUACUGCCCACCUGUAUCAAGAUUUGUUUUGUCGCUUGAGAACGAUUUGACAGUAAGAAGCAAAACGACUGAAGUUGCGGUUAAAGAUUUCAGUUCUGGUUCAUAUGCAACAAUAUUUAGAGCGGAGAUUGGACGAAGGGUAAAACAGUUUCCACUUGCAUUCUACAAGGCAACUCCCAGCUCUUUGUUCUCGGAGUUUGAUUUUGCUGGUUGGACUUUCAAAUAUAAAGAAAAUGACGAGUUGUUUACUAGUGGUGUUGAUAACAAAAACAUAGACAUAUCUGAAGAUCACGGUCAUGGUUCUGCAAAGCGCCAGCGAAUUGAGUGCUCGUGAAGGAAGUGGCGUCUUUAUUGUUAUCAAGUUUUGACUUAUUGACAAUGUCUAUUUUGUAGCUUAUAUGCUUGGAAGCCGUUUACCUGGUUCUUUUUCCAUUUUUCAUAUUUCUCUACAAUUCCUUUUCUUUUCUUUUCAUUUUUAAUAGAUGUUAAUCUAAUUGGAGUUGCAAAUAUUUCACUUAUUAAUGGAUCCAUUCUCAUGGGGAUUUUUCUCAAA